AAAACCACAGAAGAAGAGAAGACGUCAGCUGGGGCGUUGACGUCAGCAGCGGAAGGAGAUUGAGAGCCGAUGUUUUCGCUGCUCAAAAUAAACCCCUAAAACAGAUCAGAAGACAGCUUCCAGAUGUCUGAGGACGUCUACGAGAAGUUCCUGGCUCCAGAAGAGCCGUUCCCGCUGCUGUCUCAGAGAGGGAACUUCAGUGAAGAUGCCACGCUGGACGUCAGUGACUUCGGCUGUCAGCUGUCCUCGUGUCAGGACAGACCCGCUUCACGCUUCCACAGCAGCAGGUGGAACCUGACCUCGUGUGGCACCAGCGUGGCCAGCUCCGAGUGCAGUGAGGAGCUCUUCUCCUCUGUGUCUGUGGGCGAUCAGGGCGACUGCUACUCGCUGCUGGAUGAGCAGGAGCUGGCCUCCUUCGACCUGUUCCCCGAGGGCAGCGUCUGCAGCGACGUGUCCUCCUCCAUCAGCACUUACUGGGACUGGUCUGACAGCGAGUUCGAGUGGCAGGUGAGCGGUCAGCUGGGGAUCACUCGGCUCAAGCUGUUUGAUGGACUGUAGAUUAGAGAUGGAACC